CAAGUUAUUGUCAAAUUUGUAUAACCUGUUUUCGGCUAAUGUUGCCACAUAUUUAUUUCUAGACUUGUUUUGUUUUAAUAAUGAAUGGGCCGCCUUUUUAAGUGUUUUUCUAAAAAAGUUUUAAAAAGAAGAGAAAAAACAAUUUAUUAUUGAACAUUUAUAAAUGUGCUUAAAUAUAGUGACAUGAAAAAAUUGUUUGUUGUAUUUUGUAUAUUUAUUUUCGUAAUUGCAAUAGCCCAAUGUUCCUCCAAAUCCAACAAAAAAUUAGUUAUAGAAAACAUAGCUGACAUUAAAGAUUUCAAAAAAUUACUAAGAACAAAAACUAACAUUUUAAUAUGUUUCUAUAAUAAUUAUAAACAAUCCCAAAAUGUUAUUAAGGUAUUUAAGGAAGUUGCGGAUAAUAUAAAAGGAGAAGGAACUAUGGUUUUGAUUGAUUGUAAAGGGGAUGCAAAGAAACUAUGCAAAAAAUUAAAAAUUCCUAAUGAUGCUUAUAGCAUAAUGCAUUAUAAAGAUGGCGAUUUUCAUAAAGAUUAUGAUAGAAAAAUAACGGUCAGUUCUAUGACCAACUUUAUGAGAGAUCCAACUGGAGACAUUCCUUGGGAAGAAGAUACCACAGCGACUGAUAUUGUGCAUAUUCCAGAUUCAAAUACAUUAUCAAAACUACUAAAAAAAGAAUUGAGACCUUUGAUGGUGAUGUUUUAUGCACCAUGGUGUGGAUUUUGCAAGACAUUAAAACCUGAAUAUGCUGAUGCGGCUAGAGAAUUAGAAGAUGAUGCAGUUUUAGCAGCUAUAGAUGUUAACAGACCAGAAAAUGCUGCAGUGAGAACUCAAUAUAAUAUCACUGGUUUCCCCACACUUUUAUUCUUCGAAAAUGGCCAUUUGAAAUUUCCUUACGAAGGUGAAAACAAGAAAACUGCAAUAGUUUCCUUCAUGCGUAACCCUACAGCACCUCCGGUCAAACUUAAAGAACCGGAAUGGUCUGAAAUGGAUAAUGAAGUCGUUCAUUUGACCACUAAUAGUUUUGAUCCGGUUAUUAAAGAGGAAUCAUCAGUGUUGGUAAUGUUUUAUGCACCGUGGUGUGGACAUUGUAAAAAAAUGAAACCUGAAUACGAAGCAGCCGCAACACAAAUGAAAACCGAUGGUAUUCCUGGAAUGUUAGCUGCAGUUGAUGCUACUAAAGAACCAACGUUAGCUUCAAGAUUUUCAGUAAAAGGAUAUCCGACAGUUAUUUACUUCUCUUAUGGUGAACAUAAGUUUGAUAUUAAUGUUAGAGAUGCACAUAAAAUAAUAGAAUUCAUGAAGGAUCCUAAAGAACCACCUCCACCGCCUCCGCCAGAAAAACCUUGGGCUGAUGAAGAAAGCGAAGUAGUACAUUUGAAUGAAGAGACAUUUAAACCGUUUUUGAAGAAGAAGAAGCAUGUGUUGAUAAUGUUUUACGCUCCAUGGUGUGGACACUGUAAGAAGGCUAAACCUGAAUAUACAUUAGCAGCUGUGGAAUUUAAAGAGGAUCCUAAGGUUGAAUUCGCAGCAGUUGACUGUACAGUACAUUCCACAGUAUGCAGUGCUAAUGAUGUUACGGGUUAUCCUACGUUUAAAUAUUUCAGUUAUUUCAAUAAGGAUACAAAGGAUUAUAGAGGUGGAAGAACGGCUCCAGAUUUUAUUGCUUUUAUGAGAGAACCUGAUAAAAUAGUAAAUACUCCACCACCUUCCGAAUCAAUCGAUUGGAAACAAGAAACUUCAGUAUUACAUUUAACGGAUAACAAUUUUAAGCAGAAGAUUAAAAGUCAUAAAGUGAUUCUAGUGAUGUUUUACGCUCCUUGGUGUGGAUAUUGUAAAAAAAUUAAACCGGAAUAUUUAUCAGUGGCCAAACAAUUAGACUCUGAAGGGCACGGAACUUGCAUGGCUAUGGUGGAUUGUACAGAAAACACCAAAACAGCUGACGAAUACAAGAUAGAAGGUUUUCCCACUUUGAAAUUAUUCAAAGAUGGAAAAUUUGUGGCCGACUAUUCGGGAAAGAGAGACGCAGCUGAUAUAAAAAGGUUUAUUCUCAGUUAUAUCAAUUCCAAGAGAGAUGAAUUGUAAUUAGUGAAAAUGUUUCCAUUUUUUUUAAUUUCAUCUCAAGCUCAAAAUAUCCAUAAAUGCUCAUUAAUCGAAGGUUGGAUCAAUUCGUAACGGUGACUAAUAAAAGAUAUUUAAAUAAAA